GUUAUUAGCACUACUUCAUAUGAAGUUCAUAAUGUUGUGCUCUGUUAGAAAUUUGUAAAUGAACGCUACCACAAUUUUUGUUUAUGAACUGUAGCAGACAUGCACUUGGUAAAUUAUUUAAGCAUAGAAGGAUUUUAUCACUAAUUGGUCGAAUAUUUUCCAAUGGGAUUUUUAAUACAAAAUAUGUUAUCCUUGAGCUGAGGGUAUGUUGUUGUGGAAUUUCACUAGGUAUGUUGUUGUUGAGGGUCUAUCGGAAACAACCUCUCUACUUUUAAGGUAGGGGUAAAGUUGCGUACACAUUACCUCCCCAAACCCCAUUUGUGGGAUUACACUGGGUAUGUUCUUGGGAUUUGUAAUACAGUGUCAUCAUUUUUGCAGUUAUCACUUUUUGCUUUAGUUUCAUGUAUCUGAAGUUCUGAGCCAACUUUUGUAGUCUCAUUGUUUAUCCUUUCCUCUCCUUCUCUUCUUUUUAUUUUCUUUGGUUUUGUCUUGAAAGUCAAAAUGAUUAUUAAUCACAUCCGGACUGUUCACUUGAGUUCUACUAUAGUUUUUGCUCUAAAUGUUUAGGUCUGCUUUAGUUUUAAUGCUUGUUCAACUUAUUGCUCGGUUUCUGGUUUGGUAUUCUAUUCUACUUUUUUUGGGCAAAAAGGUAAAACAAUUUAUGUGGAGCAUAGCUUUUUGUGGUAGACACUGAACAAAGAUCUGAUAUAACAAUUUGUACUAAGAGCAGUGUGCUGUUGCCUUGAUGGAAUAAAAAUAUUAUUUAACAAGAAAUGGGCAUGGAAUGUAUUGCUUUUGGCUGCAUAGUAGGAGGCUUGGCUUUGGGUUGAAAUUAUCUCUUUCUCACCUUCCUAUCAAUACCACACGUAGCACUUUUCUCUCCCCAACUUCAGUCAGUGUGGCUGAGUGUACACGAAGUAGACUGAGCAUAUUAAAGUUAAUCUAUCAUGCAUCUAUGGUUCAGAAAGAUUCCCUAUCAUCAGGCUUUGCUGUUUCAUCCGAAGGAGAAGACUCAUAUAAGCUGUACUAUGCCAAAAAUGGCUCGGCAGAGAUGUUCCAAUUCAUGAGAUGUAAUGCAAGAAAACUAAGUGCUGAUAUGUCCAAUGAGCAAGUUUUGACUGACGACUUUCAAGAAGAGAAUUAUUCCAACAUGGACAAGGGUUUUAACAGCAAGGAUGGUAAGGAAAAGGAAGUAGAAAGAAGAAGAAAGAUUGGAUUAGCAAACAGUGGAAAAGUGCCAUGGAACAAAGGCAGGAAACACAGUCCAGAGACUCGUGAAAAGAUCAGACAGAGAACCAAAGAAGCUUUGAGUGAUCCCAAGGUAAGACGAAAGAUGUCUGAAUGUCCACGCUCUCUUAGCAAUCAGACCAAGAUAAGAAUACGCGCAUCUCUCAGAAAGCUCUGGGGUGAACGAUUACAAUGGAAAAGGUCAAAGGAGAAAUUUUUUCAGUCAUGGGCUGAAAGCAUUGCAAAUGCUGCUAAGGUAGGUGGGAGCGACCAAGAAGAAUUAGAAUGGGACAGCUACGACAACAUCAAAAGAGAGAUAGCUCUCAAACAGCUUCAGUUGUCUGCAGAAAAGGCUAAGGCAAAAGAAAUGACACGCAUACGAGCUGAGAGAGCAGCACAGAGAAAGACGGAAAAGAUGCAGAGGCUUGCUCAAAGGAGAAAAGAACGAGAAGAAAAGCAAAAAGUUGAAGGAAAAAUGAAGAGACCAAGAAGACGGUCAAAGCAAGAGAAAGAAGAGUUGGCUGUUGCUGAAGAAUUGAAACUCAAGGCGAAAUUAGUGAAGAUUCAGAAGAAGAAGUCCACACUCAGUCAUGUUUGUAGAGAACAUCGUCGAGCUUGGGAAAAACUCGAUGUAUCAUUCAUAAAGAGACCUCAAGUACAAAAACCAGUUUCACUUGCAGAUCAGAUUCGUUCUGCCAAGAAGAGAACAGAGGAUGUGAAUGGAAAAGCCUUUAGUAUUGCAUCCUCUGAAUCUCAAUCUAUUGAAGUAUCUGCAGAGGCCAGAUUUUUCACAGUAGAAACAAAAUGACAAAGAACUAUUUUCUCCAAUCAUUCACUAGCAUUAGCAUAUGAGAAUGUCUGGACAACUUUGCCCCGUCUUCUUCGGGAGCUCUCUGUCCUUGGUCAUUCUGGGGAUCUGAAGCUCAAUGUAAUGGCUCUCACUCAUCUGUCAGAGAGAACACAUGUUAGAAUUUUCAAUUCCAGGAUUAACAUAAGCUACCUGUAGAAAAAGAAAUGGGAAAAGGAAAAGCAAAAAAAUGGAUUGCCAACCAUCUGUUCUCAAGUCGCAUUUGCUGAUGAAUUUGUUCAAGUUGAAAUUAAUUCAUUUUCAGUGUUGCAUUCAGCAAUCUUUCAUUGUAUAUCAACCUGCUCAUAUGAAAAAUAUUAUUUCUUUUCGAUGAUGCCAAAAGGGGGAAGAUUGACUUGUAUUUGAUUUGAGAAUAUGUGACAUGAUGAUCAUUGAUGAAGAAAGAACCUGGCUCCCUAAACUACUUGCCCUGAAUCAGGAUAGAUCUGCCAGCAUUAGUUGUGCCUGCUGAAACUGCAACUAAGAAAUGAUAGUCCAUGCAAUUUAACAAGA